AUGGAAAUGCCGAUCGAUGAAAAUUCACCUACCACAAUGUUUACUGUUAAUUUACAAAGUGCAACACACUCUACGACAGACGUGGACUCGGAAUUGCCUAUAAAUAGUGACCAAUUCAAUAACACAAUACCAGCUACAUCUAAUGCAGAGUCAGAGAAAGAUUAUGAUAUUAUUAUGGAAUCAGAACAGCCCGAGUUGACCAGAAAUGUUGACUCGAAUAAGGACUCUACACUAGGUCGAUAUGAUAGUGAUUUAUUAGAUGUUGAGCCUCCUUAUCCCCAUCCUAGACCUAUCACUCAGUGUACCGAACCGGAAAUGCAACAUUGUACACCCACAAAAAAUACAUUAAGCAAUGUAUUGGGUGUUGUAGUACCGUCCUCUUUAAAAAAAAGUCUGUUUUGGCCCGUAAUUGAGGACAAGAAGAAAAACAAGAAAAAGAAAGAAAAGUUACCAUCGGCGAUUACAAGCAAGGCGUGGAAAGUGUACCAUGAAAAGAAAGAAGUAGAAAGACGUAGACUACAAGAUGAAAAAGAAAACAGAGCCAAGGUGAGAGCAGAAAAAAGUUUUAAAAGAAAAAAAAAUCUUGGAAGAAAAUAA